UUCUCAUAGCAAAUCAUCACAAGUCUUUGUUAAAACAUUUAUUUAUUUUUUAUAUAGCAAAAAAAAAUGGGGUUUGAAACUUACAAGCCCACAAUUGUUAUGAUUGCUUUGCAAUUUAUGUAUGCUGCUAUUACUUUAUGUACUAGAGUUACUCUUGUAGAAGGAUUGAGUGCUAGAGUUUUUGUCGUUUAUAGGCAAACUAUAGCAUUUCUCCUUAUUGCUCCCAUUGCUUUUAGGCCAAGAAGGAAAACAGGCAAUAGUAUUUGCUUGGGAUGGAAGAGUUUUUGGUUGAUAUUCUUGGCUGCUCUCAUUGGUGUAACAAUAAAUCAGAAUAUAUAUUUCUCUGGUUUGUACUAUUCUUCAUCUACAAUUGCAAGUGCAACUGGAAAUCUUGUUCCAGCAUUCACUUUUCUCAUGGCAUGGGUCAUGGGAUUAGAGAAAGUGCAAAUGAAAAGCUUAAGGAGUAUAGCAAAGGUGAUUGGAACAAUUUUAUGUGUUGCUGGAGCUGUUGCAAUGGCAUUAAUUAAAGGGCCAAAAUUGCUAAAUUCACAAUUUAUUCCCACAAAUGGAUUAUUAUUAAUUCUUGGCAAAGAAAAUAGUGAUAAUUUGGACUCUAAUUGGAUGCUUGGUGUAAUUUUGCUCAUUGCAAGUGCUAUUUGCUGGUCAUUUUGGCUCAUUUUGCAGGUGACAUUAUCAGCAGAUUGUCCAGAUCAUUUAUGUUUAACAGCUUGGUUAUGUCUAUUUGCUGCAAUUCAAUCUGGAUUUGCAACAAUUUUCAUUGAACCUAAUAUUAAUAGCUGGAAAAUAACUUCAUCUCUAGAGCUCAUUUCUUGCUUAUGCACUGGAUUUUCAUCAGCAGUUUCUUUCUUUGGACAAGCUUGGUGUAUUUCACAUAGAGGUCCAUUAUUUUCAGCAAUGUUCAAUCCAUUAUGCACUGUUAUAGUAACAAUAUUUGCCUCAACAUUUAUGAAAGAAGAAAUGUACACUGGAAGCUUUGUGGGAUCACUUGCUGUGAUUUUUGGACUAUAUGUGGUAUUAUGGGGAAAAUCAAAGGAUAAAAAAGAGGAAAAUAUUAGUGUGGAUGAAGAGCCAGUGAAGCAACACAAUAUUCAAGAAACUACAAUUACAAUUCAAGAUUCUAAUUCAGAUUUGAUUACAAAUUGUAAAAUAGAUUUAGAGGAACCAUUGUUGACUAAAAUAUCAACAAAUAAUGAAGAUGAUAAAUAGUGUAAAAAUAAUUUUAAAAAUAGAGGAAAUCUCGAGCAUUUAACGAUCUCAGAUGUAUUGAUAUUAAUUGUGAUUAGUAAUUUAUUAUUUCGAUGAAUCAUUUCUUCGGACAGAAGAAGUGUUACAAGUAGUUAUUGUUUAAUUA